CUGUGUUAGCUAUUGAUCAGGAGAACUGCUUGGGACUGUUUGAGUUUUAGGAAGCUGGACGUUGGCAGGGUGUGGACCCUUCUGCGUACAGAUUGCUGCAGUAUUCUAGACUUUUUCCUUUUUUUCAGUUUAUCUCUCUUCCUCUCCUUCCUUCCUUCCAUGUCUCACUCACACCCUACCUGCCCCUCCCUCACUUCCCCCUUUCUUCCUCCCCUUUUGUCUCCCCCCUCUUCCUCCUUCUCUGGUUUUCUCUGUACUUUUAGAGCGAAAAAACUUUCAGUUCUGACAUUGACAGCAGGCAGGUGGCAGUAAGAAGGAUACACUGAGACAGAGAACACAGUGAGAGAUUGACAGAGCGAGAAAGAGGAACUGGGGGAGAGAGAGAGGGGCACUGCGGGACAGAGAGAGGGAAACAGGGGCAGAGUGACAGCCCUGUAGAAGAACAGAAAGUCUGUAAUGCAGAGUAAAGUGUGCUAGGCUCAUAGACUAACAGAGCAUACAGUGUUAUUAAAUAUUUACUGAUAGAAAGAGAAAGUGACAACCAAAAAGACUUGCUGCUGGGUUCUUUAACUCACUAGUUACUGAGAUGCACCUCACACCUGGCGGAGCACCAGAUUGGUGCCCAGACCCCCGAGUUUUGAAAGUGACAGUUGGGGGUCACUGCGUACGGAGAGAGUCUAAAUCCCAAGCACCACGAAAACCUAGGAAGUGCCUUGUUUGUCUCAACCUCCUGUGUCUCGCUGUGGUUUCUCUUCCGUUCUUCAUCUGUGAGCUGGGAUUGGUGUCCCCUGUCCAUCGUGGAUUUUUCUGUGAUGAUAUGAGCAUCCGGUAUCCAGAGCAACGUGGAGACACUGUUAGUGAUACUCUACUCAUCAGUGUGGGAAUCCUCAUCACAAGUUUUGCCAUUGUUUUUGGCGAAUGUCACCGUGUCAGCAGACAGCGCAGUCUGAACACCUGUCCCCGGGAGGGUUAUUUAUCGGCCAUAUAUCGCCAGCUUCUUCCCUUCCUGUUUGGCUCAGCUCUUGGGCAGUCUCUCACAAAUGCAGCCAAGCUGAGUGCUGGUCGCCUGAGGCCAAAUUUCCUCUCUAUUUGCAAGCCUGAAGGUCUAAAUUGUACCAGUGGUUUCAUAGAUACCUAUCGGUGCAUUGGAGAUGCAGGAGCAGUAACAGAAGCCAGGAAAUCUUUCUAUUCUGGACAUGCUUCAUUCGCCUUGUAUUCUAUGCUCUACCUUUCAUUUUACUUGCAAGUGCGGAUGACAUGGCGAGGAGCACGCCUCUUGCGCCCACUCCUUCAGUUUGUUUUAGUCCUUCUGGCUUUAUACACUGGGUUCACUCGAAUUUCAGACUACAGACAUCAUCCAUCAGAUGUCGCUGUGGGGUUUAUGCAGGGUGCGCUGGUCGCAUACUGGGUGGCUUUUCACAUUUCGGAUAUGUUCAAGCAGAAGCGUUCACAACAAGUUUCUGUUCCUCCACAAACGGAUAUCCCAGAGACUUUCACCAAUUGUUAAGAAAGUUUAGGAAAGACGUGAAAAGGACUAUAAAGAUACAGAUGAACUGGACCUCACUCUGUUACUAGCAGAGGAUCUGUAGUGUCAUGGCACUGACAUUCAGUCCAAAUUACGCUACAAAGCCCAUAGCACGUUCUCUGAAAGAAGGAUUUGCAUUCCACCAAGCACAGACGGACACCGGUUUGGUCCAGCUAUGGAAGGACAUGAACACGUGUCUAAUCAUUUUGUGAACCUUUGUGAAGGACUAAAUCACUAAAAAAUAUUGACAGCUAAGCUGUCGUUGGCUCCAGUAUAUUGAGAAAUGUGCAGUGCACGUGAAAGACUGGAACACGUUGUAAAUAAUGAUAUAGAGAAGCAAAACUCGUGAACUUUAAUUGCACUUUACUUACUAAACAAAGACUCAUUGUCAUGCCAGUAUUGACCAAUCACUGUAAAAGUCACUGUUAACAGGGACAUUGGUCUCAAAGAUC